AUGACCCACCGAGAUCCAGGGUUGCACGCGCAGAGGCCGCAGGCGCCGGCGCGGAUACCGUUCCCGGACUGCAUCCCGAUUGACGCGGGCGCCGGCUUCAUCCUCGGUGGCACGGGCGGGUCCGUGUUCCACUUCCUCAAGGCCCUCGGCAGCUCGCCCAGCGGUCGCCGCCUCGCCGGCGGCGCGCAGGCCGUCCGCGCGAACGCGCCCCGCCUCGCGGGGACUUGGACCGGCCUGUUUGUCGCCUUCUCCGCCGUCGAAUCGGCCAUGUACUACGCGCGCCGGAAGGAGGACCCGUGGAACGACAUCGUCGCCUUCGCCUGCAUGAGAGGCCUCCACCGUAGGCGCAAGGGGCUCAAGGCCGCCGCCGGAUCCGCGCUCGUCGGCGCCGCUUUCUGGGGCCUCGUCGAGGUUGCGCAGAUAGGUUUGGACGCCAUCAUCGCAGAUCGGCACCGGAAAGAUCGGCUACCUGCUGCUUGCUCGGACGAGGAUGCCCGAUGA